GACGCUGUUCACUUCCGGGUCGGGUUGCCGGUGUAAGGUGAAACAUGGCGUUACUGUGGACUUUUUGUGGCAGAUGGAGUUGUAACUUGGGGAUUUCUUUAUUCAGACAUUUGUGGCAUAGUAGUCAUUCUCCGUCUGCUUUGCUUUCUGUGCCAGGUCGAGAAAGUAGUAAGACUUGCAGGUCAAGACAUGAUCGAAUUGUUUUUAAAAUGGGCUUUUGGUUUCACGCAAGAAAAUCAAGAACUUUACUAUCAAAUGAGCAAACUGUUUUAUUCUGUACUCCAAUCAAGUUGUUUCACUUGAGCCAAAGAAAAUGCUGCUGCAGUAAGGUUAAACAUAAGAGUCCUUUUGAACUAGUUCAGAACGACUUGAAGAAUUUUUAUGAUGACAUCAAAAAAGAAUUACCGCCUUCAGUGACUGAACUUAAGGAAAUGUGUGAAUACUACUUUAAUAAAGGAGGGAAGGCCUUUCGUCCAAUGAUUGUGAUGCUUAUGGCCCGAGCAUGCAAUGAAAAUGAUAACAGGGAGCUGCUGUCAGGUCAACGGGCUAUAGCGUUGAUAACAGAGAUGAUCCAUACUGCUAGUCUAGUUCAUGAUGACGUAAUCGAUGGUUCAGAUACUCGGCGAGGGUUGAAGACCGUUAAUCAGAUCUGGGGAGAAAGAAAGGCUAUUCUUGCUGGUGAUUUUAUUCUUUCUUCUGCCUCUAUACUACUAGCUCGAAUUGGAAGCACCCCUGUAGUAUCAAUUGUAUCAAAGAUAAUUGAUGAUUUAGUACGUGGUGAAUUUAUGCAGCUCGGUUCAAAAGAAAGUGAGAAUGAAAGGUUUGCACACUACCUCGAGAAGACCUUUAAGAAAACUGCCAGUCUUCUGGCCAAUAGUUGUAAGGCAGUCUCAGUGCUUGGAAAUUCAGAUCCUGAGGUUCAUGAAAUUGCAUACCAGUAUGGCAAAAAUAUUGGAAUAGCCUUUCAGUUGAUUGAUGAUGUCUUAGAUUUUACAUCUUGUGCCGACCAGUUGGGAAAACCAGCAGCAGCAGAUCUAAAGCUUGGAUUAGCAACAGGACCUGUCUUGUUUGCUUGUCAACAGUUUCCUGAGCUAAAUGCAAUGAUAAUGCGAAGAUUUCGCUAUCAAGGUGAUGUGGAGCUUGCGUGGAAGUAUGUUUUACAGAGUGAUGGUGUGCAGCAAACAGUUUACCUUGCUCAGCGUUACUGCCAUGAAGCUAUUCGACACCUAAGUAAACUGCGUCCUUCAAUGGAGAAGAAUGCUCUCCUUCAACUCACAGAGAUUGUGCUUACACGAGAUAAAUGAAACAUGGCAUUCACUGUGAUAACUGGUUAAACUAGACUGUGCCAAUAAUGUAUGCUGUGCAGACCACUGUCUGGGUUUUGCUCACCCUGAGCUAGACCUCUAUUUGAGUUUCCAAGUACAGCAAAACAGCAGCACUGUUCAACAAGACAAGAUUUUUUUUUAUAUGUGAAUUCUGGAAGAGACUGUACUACUUUAUUCUGCUGUGGCAGACUUGUUUACAUUUCUGAAUCAUCAACCACUCUACAGAAUAAAAGAAUUUAAAUGUAAAGUUUUUCAAGCAUUCGUUUUCUUUUAUAUGGUAUAGCUCAAAUUCUUUUUGUCAAGCAUCACAGUACUUAGCUUUUACACAGGAGAAUGAUUUAUUAUAAAAGACUGUACAUACAUUAACAGGUUAUAUACAAAUAAAAGAUUUGUUUUCAGUAAAAGUACAGCUAAGUUACCCUACUGCACUUCUGAAUUACCGUAAAGCAGGUUGCAUACUAAAAAUUAACAUGUUCACUGCAAUGCCUAGUUUGUUGUGUUAUAACAGAUUUUUACUGUCAACAGUUCUACAUUUAUGAAUUGAAGUGUUUCAGCAACAGAGUCAGUAAAGUCAAAUUAUAAGGCCAUUGCAAAGAAGCAUACAGCUUCUUACAAUAAUAAAUUACCCAAAGAUGCACUACAUUCAGCUAGGCUGAGGAACCAUUCUAUGUAAGGCAGAACAAGAAAACACUUUCUAGCCUUGGUCACAUCAACCAUGAGUGCUAAGACUGCAGACAUGAAGCCCGAAUGCUAUAUAAAUACCAUUUUGGCAAUAUGUUACAUUUCUUGUGGAAUGCAAUGUAGAAAGUGUUACAAUAGUAGUUUGCACUUGGAAUAUGACUGAACAGAACUUCAGCAUAUUUUUGUGGUCCACAUGUAUCUCCUCACACAAGUAAAAUUUUGUACAGCAUAUGUUUCUGAAUUUUAAUGAAUGAGAAAAGGUUAAUGUACAAUCCAAAUUCACAUCCUUGACAUUGCAGCACAACUGUUUUAAAAAAAUGUCAGACAUUAAC